UCAUGAUGAGACCAUUUAUCUUACUUUUCAUUUGCUUGUUUUUGAGAAUUAAUUGCUUUACAUUGGCAUUAUCUGAUAACAUUACAAAAUCUCCAAGCAUUAUACCAGAUGAUUCAGAAAAUGAAAUAAACAAAUAUCUUUGUCAAGGAGAAACACUGAAUAUUACAUGUCCGAACAACUUUGUAAUAAUGUUUGAUGAUGCAAACUUUGGUCGUAGACGAUCAGACCGUGAAAGAUGUAGACACUGGUUAGGCAGAGAAAAUACUCAUUGUGACAACCACAAAAAGACGCUUAAAGUCUUAAAUGAUAAAUGUCAUGAGCAGCAACAAUGUUUUCUUCCCGUGAACAAAGAUAUGUUUGGAAAUCCAUGUUUCGGUGUUAUCAAGUACCUAUAUGUAAAAUAUCACUGUAACAGAAAAGUAUAUCAUGGUAUGUAA